AUGGGAGGGCCAGGAUCCGGUUCAAGAUCACCAGUGGUGACAACAUCAGUAGCAUAUGCCUUCCUAGGAUCGGCCUUGGGCUUGGAUCCUUUGGUGACCUCAUCAUGGUUUUGGGCUGCUGCCUCAAGGAGUGACGCAUACUGGUCAAAAGUAAGUGGUCUGUUGUUGUUCUGCAAGGCCAGUGUCAAACACGUUGCGAAGGUAUGGCACGAGUCUGACAGGAUUGGACAACAUGACGAUGAGUUGCUCCUCGGGGGUGGGGUGUUUUGCUACCUCGUGGUACUGGCGAAGAGUAUCGAGCCAAUGAAGAAUGAAGGACACAUGACUACCGGGCCAUUGGUCUGCAGUGAGUUGAGCAGUGGUCAACCAUUGCAAUUUGGUGUUGGCGGUCGAAAGUGGCCUUGA